AGCGUCAGUCGUCAGUCGAAAACGUCGUCAGACGGCGAGUGUGAUUACUUUUUCCGUUCGACUUAUCUAUUCGUAUUCCUGCAACUUUGUCGAAAUUCCCAGUCAUUAAAAAUUCAUUGAACAGUCCAGUCUAUCUCUUUCUCAUUUACAGUCACGCGGACAGUUCGCGCACGUAUAUAUUCGAUACGCGCGGAGGACACUCUGCCAAUAAUUCGCGCAAAUCGAUCUCAGGCAAGGCAAUCUGCGAAUUUGCAGAAUUUCUUCAGAAACUUGAAUUGAAUCGACUUCACGAUUUGAUUUCGAGCCGAUUUUCUCUGUAAGAUCGCGGUAAUUCGUAUCGAUUAUUGGAAUCAGACAUGACGAUCUCGGUGACCGACGCGGCGCUCGACAUGGAAAAGAAGGCGAUUAAUCGCUGCACCCGGCGCAACCCUUUCCGCAGCUGGCCGGCGUGGCUCUUCUGCAUCGUGUUCUUGACAAGCUUCACCGGCUUCUACAUCAUCUGGUGCACCAAUGUGUACAACAACUACCUGCUGUCACAGAUGGAGUUGCGCAACGGCACCAAUAGCUUCAAGUGGUGGCUGCAGCCACCCUUCUCGUUAAUGUACAAAAUCCACGUCUUUAAUUACACAAACGUGGAUAAGUUCGAGUCGGGUGUCGACGAAAAGUUGCGUGUCCAGGAACUUGGUCCGUACAUCUACGCCGAGAAGCUGAAUCGUGUGAACGUGGCGAUGAACGAGGACGACACAGUGACCUACCAGGACAAGAGGUCGUACGAGUGGCUGAGUGGAAGCCCGGAAGACGACGUCGUCGUCGUGCCGAACGUGCCGCUGCUGUUUGCUACCGCGUUCGCACGCGAUCUCAGCUUCCCGAUGCGAUGGGUCAUCAGAACAACGCUGCAGUCCCUGCACGAGCGGCCGUUCAUCAACGAGACGGUCGGCGGCUUCCUCUGGGGAUACGACACCAAGCUCUUUGACAUAGCCAAGCCAUUCAUGAUGUUGCAACGGGACAUACCGUUCGACAAGUUCGGCCUGCUGGCUAUAAAAAAAGGUAUCGAUAAAAAUCGCAUCACUGUGAAUACGGGAUCGCAAGAUUUCGACAAACUCGGCAUAAUCGAAAAAAUAAAUGGGAAGGAUAAUCGAGAAAUUUGGGGCGACGAACGCUGCGACAAAAUCGGAGGCACCAAUGGCAACAUGUUCCCACCCUAUGUAGUAAAAAAUACAAGCGAGACCAUCUACGUGUACUCCAAAGAGAUUUGCAGGAAGCUGCCGUUCGACUUUGCUGAACAAGUGACAGUCUUCGACAUGCCUUCUCUAAGAUAUAAAAUCAAGCCGGACACGUUCAACUGUUCGACAGCGCAGAACGACUGCUUUUGUCCGCGGGAACAAGAUAAUUCAAGAAUCUGCCCGCCCGCAGGACUCUUCAACAUUUCCGCGUGCAGCGACAACGCACCAUUGCUCACAUCGUUUCCGCAUUUUUAUGGCGGUGACAAGUCCUUAUUGAAACUAGUAGACGGUUUGAAUCCUCGGCAGGAAGAUCACGAGAGCUUCUUAGACCUACAUCCGCGACUCGCGAUGCCCAUCUCCGGUUGGUCGAGAUUGCAGAUGAAUAUUGAGAUACGCCAAGCGCGUAUCGUGCCGGUCCUCGGGAAUCUGAAGGAUGGCAUGAUCCUGCCGCUCAUCUGGAUCGAGACUGGAGUGGACGACCUGCCGGAAUCGGUGAUAGACGUAAUCCACGCUGCGCAUUUCACUGCAAACACCGUGGAGAACGUCUUGCAAUGGUGCACUCUGAUCAUUAUGAUACUCUCCUUGAGCGCGCUGGUCGCCUGUUUUUGGAAAUAUCGCAUGGAACAGGAUACGGACGUUCUCCGAAAGAGCUUGUCCGUUCAGAACACUCUACUCGCGUAAUCCUGAUCGAUGGAAGUCGAUCUAGAGAAAAAAAAAGGAGUUGAACAAACGGAGACUAAGACGUCUAAGGAAAAAAUUUCGAAACACCACGAAUGUUUAAAGAAUUUUAAACGCUUGUCCUAAUUUUUAAAUGCCUUUUAAAUUUUCUUCUUGGAUGCCUUUGGACUCUCGUGCUGUUUGACCGCAGUAGAAAACAUGAGUAUAGUAACCGCAGUUUUCCGCCGAGUUGCACGCGGAAGUGAAUUUAGAAUGAUAUAAAGCUGCAAACUAUGCCAAGAGAGAGCGAGGUGCUGUCAUUGCGAUACUUACGCAGAAUACUUACACAAAAGAAUAAUUUCAACAAUGACGAUUGACAAAUCUUGUACAAAAGCCUCGCAAAUAUUAUUCGCGCACCUAUCAAGUAUUUUGUUGACGACGUAUCGCUUUGACAAAAUGUUUGCCAAAGAGCAAACUAGAAGUCUCAUGAAUGAAGCGGGAUGCUUUUGCUUUUCAAAGAAAACGUUCUGAAAAAUAAUGCAUAAGAAUAUUAAUACCUGCUUGUAAAUUUACAACUUACAAAAAAUAGAUAAACUAAAGACGCAAUAAUAAAUAAUUUAAAAAAUUACUAGUUUCGGACUUCGUAAAAAAUUACGAAAACAAAUACUUUCGACCUAAAAAUAUCUGCUUUAUUAAUAUGCAAACUAAAUUGAAUCUAAUUAAUUGUCUUUGAGAAUACUUUGACGAAAAUUUCGACAGCUAUUUCAUCGAUAUCUAACAUGCAAAAGAUCCUCUUUGUUCGUACGACUUAUUAUAGAAUUAUUCAAUAUUGCAUAAGGUACAAUCGAUUUGCAAUCGAUUGUAUAAAUCAUUUGUACAAUUGUAGUUCCUACAAAUAUGUCGAUGUACUGCGUUUCAUCGUGAACAAAAAAAAAAAAUAUAUAUCUCGCAACGCGGUUAUGUGAUUGAGCUGUGAGAUUUUUUCGUGCAUUGAAAUAAAGUGCAAUUGCGGGUCACGAUCCGUUGCCGUGUCGAUCGCGGCAUUGCAUUCAUCGCGUUACCGUCCGCAAUAUCAUGUUUUGUCCGGUGAAUAUAGGUAUGUCACAUAUGUUUAUCGUGUUACCGAUGGUAAAUGACGACCGUACUUAAUUAAACGGUGGCACGUCGCAGUACGUAUUACAUACGACCGUUCAAUUAACGAUUGAGCCCGUUAUUUUACGGUGGCGAAAUUCGAUUCGUAGGGUGCUUUAAUGUAGAUUCUAAGUAACGUAGAUUCUAAGUAACGUAGAUUCUAGUAGUUUGUUAUUGAGCUCGCGACACGAAAAGCUCGCGAGAUCGUAAUAAUUAAUCGAUCGUUGUAACAUAAUUUUGUUUUCUAAUAAAAAUUGAAUGACAUAAGA